AUGAGUACAUUACGCAUUCGAAUAACAGUUCAGAAUUGUGUGCCCGUUGCUACGAGUUAUGAAAUAGCGGGUAAUAAUGAUGAUGAAAACACAAAUGAUGUGUAUUAUAAUCUUGCAUGUAAAAGAUCAGAUUUUGGCUCUUUUGAUCAAUGUAGUGUGUGGUGUGCACAGAAAUUAAAUUUUACCGGAAUGGCAAAUAACGAAACAAAAAAUGUGGUUGGAUGGUGGACAACAGGAACAAUUACCAAUUACAAAGGAAAUGUUAUUGCUAUGGAUAAUACUGCUAUUCAGGGUAUAACAUGGUAUGAUCAUUUGUUAAUACAACUAUAUGGUAAUGGUACCGAUAAUACCAAUAAUCUAAACGCCACUCGACAAAAACUACCCCAGUAUCUACUCGUCAAUGAUUUGGCACAGUUGAAAGAAAACGUUCAGUUCUAUUUAUUGUGGGAAGAUAAUAUGGAUAAGCAUACCAAAUCAUUAAACACUAAAUAUUUAGAUUUAUAUUUCAAUCUUUUUGAUAAACCAUAACUUUAUAAACCAGACCCGACAAGAAAACUACUCCAGUACUUGUUAACGGUUUGGUAAAGAUGGAUGAAAAACAAUAUUAUAAAUUGUUACACAGCGGCGGUCAAAAACAUCCGGGUACAAAUUUAUUUUAUAUUCCCAAAGCAGCAAAAAGUAUUGAAGAACGAACGUUCGCAAGAUCGUAUUUGUCCCCCCCCCCCCACAACUAAACCCUGAUUAUUCACCAAAUCCAAAAGUACGGCGAUCUGGAAAAUUACCCGCAUCACGAGGGGCACCUCCAAGCAUUGAUCCAAGUAUUUUACGACACAUUUUUGGGAAAUAAAUAGACAUGUUUGUACAAAUAAUUCAUUACUUCUAAUUUGACUAACAUUGUGUAAAGACAUGGGCUGUAGAAAAAAAAACCCAGAGAGGUGGAAAUUUUAAGGGGGCGAAACAUCAACGAGGAAAAACACAAAAAGUUGGUGGAGCGGGUUUAGCUAUACCUACUAUUUUGGGUGCAGCAACAAAAAUAUUACCAGAUAUUUUUGGUAAAAAAGCAAAAAGUCAAGUGACAAAUAAUUAUGGAGGAGGAGGAGGACAACAGCGAGCACCACCACCCCCACCACCACAAUAUUAUUAUCGUUCACCACCACCUCGAUAUUAUCAACCCCAGCAAUCCUAUCGUCCACAACAACAACGUCGACAAUAUUACCCACAACCAACACAAACAAAACAAAGAGGAGGACGUGUAUUUCCAAAAAGACGAACAAAAAAAUGGUAUCACUAAAAAAUGUAAAACUUAAUAAAUUAUAAAUUUGUAUCAUUUGUGUUUUUAUUCUUCAUUCACGUUGCAAGUCUCACAGAGCAAACACACGAGAUGAAGUGUACACACGAUGCAGUCGAUGAUGAACCCGUUGAAGUUCACGAUAGCGGGUUUAUGUCACCUAUGGCGAUAUUUCCCACAUUUCCACAUAAUGACACAUUUGUGGAUAGUCUUAAAAUGAAAUUAAUUGCAGGACCUAUUGCAAAUCCUGAUGCUGAAGAAUAUACAUUUAUUCACGCACCAAAUGAUUAUGGUGUCAUGGAUCUUCAAUAUGCUAAAAUUAAAGCGACCAUUGCAUUAACAGAUGCUGCUAAUGCUAACCUGGGUUAA